AUGGCCGUUCUGCCCACCGUAGCAACUCACGUCUUACAGAAAAUUGUGAUCGUUUUCCCCUCUGUGGAUCCCCUCGACAUUUUUGUUGUCGUUGCCGUCAUCUUGGUAGCACUCAUCGCCGUCCGGGUUGCUUAUCAUCCUUCCAAAGGAACACGCCUCAGAGGUCCAUCCAGUCCAAGCCUCCUCUAUGGCAUAGCCAAAGAAAUAAUAGAGGCCCCCGACCCUGGGACAAUCUACGAAGCAUGGGUCAAGGAAUACGGUAUCGCUUAUGAGGUCCCUGUUGCUCUGGGCCAGAGGACCAUUAUGCUGUUCGAUCCCAAGGCCCUUCAACAUUGCUAUGCGAGAGAAACGUGGACAUACAUCGCACUCCCGUCGGUAAGGGCGUCCCUUAAGCGAGUUACUGGGAAAGGAAUACUCUGGGCAAUCGGCAAAGACCACCAAAGGCAGCGCAAGUCCCUAGCCCCCGCCUUCAGUCAUACUGCUAUUCGCAAUCUUACCCCUAUUUACUAUAAUUCCGCGUAUAAGGCAAAGGCGGCUUGGGAACGCAUACUCGAUUCCGCACAUGACGGUAGUGCCAUCAUCGAAGUCCAAAACUGUCUUGACACGAUUGGUCUCGCUGGCUUCUCCCAUAAUUUUGGCUCCCUUGACGGUCAAUUGGCUUCAGUGACUACUAUUCUGGAUACUUUAGGCUCGGCUCCUAACCGUAGUGUGCUCAAUGCUGGCUGGUUCGCAAUGUCGCAAGUCAUACCUGCACUUGUAUAUCUGCCAACGGGAAGAAUGUUAUUGUUCGGGGAGAUAGAAAAAACAUUGUCAGAGAUAUCUCAGGAGCUGCUCGAGAAGACAAGGAAAGAAAAAGAAGUGGGUAUGGCGGAUGGAAGAGACAAAUCUAUUAUCGAGUUGUUGAUUAAAGCUGAGGACGCAGAGAUUGGUCUCCGCAUGUCUCACGAAGAGGUCGUGGCGCAGAUGAAAGUUUUGCUCCUUGCUGGGUAUGAAACUACAUCCAUCAGCUUGACCUGGGCAUUAUUGGAACUUGCACGAAACCCCGACAUACAGACGAAAUUGCGAGAAGAAUUGCUGGCAUUCCCUGGAGAGGCCAGUUACGACCAGUUCGCCAAUAAACUACCUUACCUCGAUGCUGUAGUACAUGAGAUCCUUCGGGUGCAUUCGCCGGUGAUUGAGCUCAAUCGCGUCGCAACGGAAGACGACAUCAUUCCACUUUCAGAACCAGUGCUUACGAGAUCCGGCGAACUGGUAGACAGUAUUUCCGUCGCGAAGGGAACGCGGAUUGGGAUAUCCGUUGCUUGCAUGAAUCGUUCUAGCGCAUUUUGGGGACCCGAACGGUGGAUAGAAGGAGCAGAUAUCCCGAAGAAGGCACAAGAAAUACAAGGAUAUCGUAAUUUGCUGACAUUUUCAGACGGACCGAGGACUUGUUUAGGAAAGGCGUUCGCCAUCACCGAGCUUAAGGCGGUCCUGUCCGUUCUUGUGAAGAGCUUUGCGUUCGAGAUGAGGGAUGGUCCAGAUACGAAGGUGGAAGUGACGCGAGGGAUAUUACAAAGGCCUAAGCUUGCGGGGGAAGUGGGAACAAAGGUACCACUCCGCGUGAGACGGUAUGAAGGAUAAGCAGAAUUUCCUACAUGCAUUUAAAUUUCCU